AUGGGAAACUUGUAUAGUAAGAAUCAUCAUCAAGAAGAAGGAGAGAACCGAUGGCAUGGCAUGGGCUAUUCAGUAUUUAGUAGUUUUAGAAGAAGAAACCGAGCGUCCAUACCGCCUUCUUCCUCCUCCUCCGCUUCUACAAGAAGAUCAAGUAUUUCUGCUAAACAACAAAAACGACCUAGUUCUACAAAAUCAUCGGCCAAGCCCCUUCAAAACUCAUCAUCAUGGUUAUCCACCACAACCACUCCUCCUCUUUCACUCACCACCAACUCUUUUCCUUCCUCCAAUCCCAGUCAUACCUCUCAUUCCCUUCAAUCUUUGAGUCAUAGCAAUACCUUGAUGAUGCCUAAUCAUCAAAAUACUUCUCAUAGUGCUGAUUCGUCAAUGAUGGCUUCAACAAGCAUGCUUUUACCUUCUCCUUUCAUCUCUUCCUCGAUCAUUGUUCCUUCUUCGAUGCCAACGACAUUCAAACAAUCUUCGCUCACAACAACAUCACAACAUUAUUCUAGGUUUACCAUCUCCUCUACAAAUACGGUUACUACUGAAAUUAUUGAGUCACCUCCAUUGGCCGUCAACAACGUUCAUCAUCCUCUUGGGAAUAGCGGUUUAACAACAAGUAACAACAACAACAAUAAUAACCAAAAACGAUGUCCUUUAUCAAGACAAUCCUUUUCGCUGCCCAAGUGUAGGUCUUGGAUUAAAGACAAGACGACAAGUUUUCGAAAUUUCCACCUUCGAAGAAGGUCCACCACAGAAGACAGGAGAUCAACCAUAACGGGCGUUCCACUCAUUCCCAUUAGUGACAAUACUCCAAAGGAACAACCAAAAAAUGGAGUUGAACUCUCUGAAACACAUGUUAUCAAUAGUAAUACUAAUACGGACGUGUCAACUGGCGUUUGUCAUGCCACUACAGGUACAGACACACGAGAGGUGAAUAGAAGUAAUGAAAGUAUUGAACGAUCAAAAAGAGUAUACUCCAUAUCGAACUUGAGUGCCGCUAGCGCCGAUUCGUGGUCAAGCAGUGGAAAUGUGCUCCAAAGAGCAGAAGAAUCAGAAACAACCAUGUCUUUUGAUCAGAAGGAUGAUAGAAGAAAAUUGGCCUCAAUUUUGCAAAAUCGAAUCACGAGAUCGAAAUCAGAGUUCAGUAAGCCAAGCAUUUCUCAAGAGGUGACCACUUUUGGUGAUGACUCGUCUCCCCAACGUAUUCCUGUGGCAAGAUCUUCCUCUGCUCCCAGUAUUAUCAAUAAUGAACUCGACGCCUUGCUCAGAGAUGCUAUUGGUUAUCAAUUAUUCAAAGAUUUUUGUGAAAGUGAAUAUUCCGUUGAGAAUUUGAAAUUUUGGAACGAGCUGCAAGAUAUGGAGAAGAAUUUUAUUGACAUGUCAGGAAAGAGAAGAAGCAGGGUCAUUAAUAUGGUCUAUGACAAGUUUUUGGAUGAAAAUUCAACGGAAGAGGUUAAUGUACGAGGUAAAACAAAAAAGCUUAUUGAUCAAGAGAGGAAGAGUGGCAACAUUGACCUAGAAAGAGGAUGUCAACUAAUUCACGAGCUUAAGCGAGAUUUGUACAUUAACAUGAUUGAUUCAUUCUCGAGGUUUCAUCGUACUGAAGAGUAUAGGCUCUGGAAAGAGCUUAAAGAAAAUCCAGAAAACACCUUUGAGUUUUGA